CCAGUCCACACUAACCAAGAAUUCAUUCAGCACCCAACAUACAGUGGACUUGGGGAUACACCUGACAUCAUAUCGCAAUGACCACUCAUCCUCUCUUCCCGCGCUCACCAAUCAAAACAUUAACUACCAAUGGUCACGCUGCCGUUGAGAAAGCCCGUAGACGACCUGCUUUAUCUUGCGCAGAAUGUCGUCGAUUGAAGCUCAAAUGCGAUCGGGUUUGGCCUUGUGGACAGUGCAAGAAGCGUGGAUGUGCACAAAUCUGUCCAGAUGGACACCUUGUUCCUGGCAAGGGGAACAGAUUUAUUCUUGCGAACACCGAGGAGCUGCAUGAUCGCAUCGACGCCCUAGAGGAGGCUCUUCAAAAGACAGUUCCAGGUCACCCCCUCCUCAAAGCUAGUCUAUAUCCAUAUCGGACGAGCCCCGUGGAGACCUCCCCUCAUGCAUCGUCAGCAGGCAACUCCUCCGGGACGGCUGGCAGCUCGAGUCCUGGCAGCAUGCACUCUCAUCCAGAAGAUCUCAUCGAUAAUAUUGGAACCCUCGCCGUGGGCGAUGAUGGUCAUUACAAGUACUUCGGCAAUGGCGCCGGUAGUGAGUUCUUCGCACCGGAGGAGGCUGGAUCUCCUUUCUCUCCAUCAUCCCUACCUUCCCCAGUGUCAACGAGUUUGAGCCUCUUUGCUGGCACCGGCCCAACUCAGAGCAAGCAACAACUUUGCGCAUACCUUCCACCAGUCGACGAAGCUCGCGCGCUCUGCAACAACUUCUUCCAGCACGCGGCGUGGCUAUAUGACGUGGUGAACCAGCAGCAGUUCGAGAACGAGAUUUUUGUGCCGACUUUCUACGGAAAUACUACACCUUCGGCACACCGUCUUUCUUUGCUCUUCAUGAUUCUUGCUGUGGGGGCACUCUUCGACCUGUCUCGUCCGCUUCACAACCCACAAGCGGAUCAGUUCUACGAAGUUGCCCAGGAAUGCCUGCGUUGCGACGGAGGUGCAUAUUCCAAUACCACCCUGCCCGCGAUUCAGGCCGUCCAGCUCAUGACGCACUACGUCUCGAACUCGCCACGCAAGACAGACGCGGAAACUGGCUGGGCACAACUCGGUGUCCUCAUCAAGCUUGCUCAGAGUAUGGGUCUGCAUCGUGAUGCUGCUCGAUGGGACUUCCCGCCCGAGGAGCUCGAGAUGCGCCGCAAGGUCUUCUGGGAGAUCCACACCCAUGAAGUCUACACAGCUCUUUGCUUUGGUAGGCCCUACUCGAUGCAUCGUUCGCACAUCGAUUGUGCGCUACCGAACGAUCCUACCGCUCGGAUGAACCCGGAUGGCAGUGUCGGAUUUGGAUUCCAUACAAUCAAGUAUUUCCUCUGUGACAAAGUCAUGCGGAUCAUCGACGAGGUCUUUUGUGUUACUCCCCCUAGCUACGAUACGAUUCUCGCUCUCGACCGCGACAUUCGUGAUUUCCAGAAGACCCUCGUGCCUGAAUAUUUGCGCGAGCCUGAAGAUGGACACCACCCAGUGGAUGAAGAUGUUACGACCCUACUUCAGAGACAAGUGAUCACCUGUUUCCUGAAUGAGGCGCUGUUGUACCUUCAUCGUGGCUGCUUUACGCGGGCGAUUGUCGAGAAUCCGUCGGACCCUACCGCGACUCGCUUCUCACCCAGUUUUGUCGCAACCCACCGUUCUAGCUGCACUAUCAUCCGUGCUGUGCUUGACCUUGCGCUGCUGCAACCUGCGCUAGUGAAGCGUCUUUCUGUCUACUGGUUCCAUGCCUUCUCUGCCGCUGUUGUCCUUGCCACCAUCUGUAUCCGGUCACCGCGUUGUGCGCUUGCCCCUUCUGCCUUCCGUGAUCUUACAGCAGCAUGCGAUUUCUUUGCUGCGGCUGAGCCUCAGAGUCGUGUUGCCCAGGGCCUGCCUCUCCUCCAGCGUCUCCACGCGAAGGCCGUGCGCGCGAUGGCUGAAGCUGGCUUCAUGGCGGACCCUGGUCUCGUUCAGGACAUGUCGUCCGACGAUGAGCAGGAGCUCAACACUCCGGGGCCUACCAUCAAGAAAGAGUCUCCGGACGAAUGUGCAUUGCUGGGCUACCGCACACGGCUUGAUCGAACAUCUCCGCCUCGCUCCCGUGAUGGACCUUUGAGGCUAAACGGAAACCCUCUGGUCAACAUUGAUGCCCUUGACUGGUCAAGCAUCGUUCAACCGCCCCAGCCCAACCCUCGGCCAUUCACGAACGCGCACCCGUCUCUUCUCGAAUACUUGCAGAGCUUCAACAACAUGCAAUCCCAGCCGACCGCCAUGUCCACUUUCAACCAGCAGACUUACAACAUGGAGCCAUAUACAACUCGUAGUGACUUGUCUGUCCAGCAGCCGUACCUGGACUCGUACGGACAGAUAAGCCCUCAGCAGCAGUCUGCUUUCUCGUUCACCCCCACUCCUUCGGUCGAGGUUACUUCUUGGGAAAACUACAUCACGUUUGGGCGUCAAGAAGCUUGAUCUCGAGCCGGUCUUUGACUUUCGUUUCACUCUCCUCAUUGCGGGCACGGUUAAUCAUAUGCUUGUGUUCUCGGUCGGACUACUUUACAGCACGGGUGCGAUCGCACAAUUACACCACGUCAUGUUCACACCUGUACUA